GUCACUCGCAGCCCUGCUUAUCUGCGGCGCGCCCUGCGAUCACGGGCUCGUAGGGCGGAAGGGCUUAUAGGAGCGAGGCAAGCUAGGCGCUGGCUAGGCAGACUAGGCGAAGCGGCGCGACACGGAAGCGCGGAAGGCUCGCAGCUUCUAGACUUUGGCAGAGGGAGCUGCCUCGAAGCGCAUGUAGGGAGGGAGGAAAGAAGGGACGAUGGUCAUUCGGCUUUUCGUCGCGUCUUCCUCCUGUUCCGUGGCGAUAAAGAAGAGGCAACAAGACAUUGUGCAAUUUCUGGAAGCCAACAAGAUUGACUUUGAAGAAGUGGAUAUCACCAUGUCAGAGGAGCAAAGGCGGUGGAUGUAUAAACAUAUUCCUCAAGACAAACUGCCUGCACAAGGCAACCCAUUGCCUCCCCAGAUCUUCAGCAAUGAUGAAUACUGUGGAGAUUACGACUCGUUUUUUGAAGCCAAGGAAAGUAACACCGUCUUUGCAUUUCUUCGCUGGAAGUCUAGUUUGGCCUCACAGGAAUCAGAACCUUAGGAAAACUCCAUAAAGAUUCCAGAAACACUUUGUCUGGGCGAAUGAAAUCCUUGAUGUUCGGCACGCUACACCUUCCCUUGUGGAUCACUGUGAUACAAGCCAAUAUGCACCAUUGGUAUUUUGCUUGCUGCUGAAGAGGUGAAAAUAAGACAACGGAUACAAAAAAAAAUAUGGGGUGAUUGAUUGUGUCGGGUGCUCUUCUUUCUUUGCAAAUAUAUCUGUAGUUAAUCCUGUGGAUCAUUGUUCUGAUAUGCACUAUUAUUCCAUUUAAAUGAUGACUUAGGAUUCUCAAGAAUGGCAAAUGGCAGCAGAAUCGGAUCAUGCAUUAUAUGUUAUCAGAGAUUCAAGUGUUUACACUUUGCUGAGUUGAGAAUUACUGCAGGGAUGACUUAUUGUUCUAACUGUGAUUACAAACAUCUUGAGCUUGCAAAGUUCUCAUUUACCAAAAUACCAAAAAAAUUACAAUAAUUCUCCUUGCAGAACAUCACAUUGUUGUGCUACAUGUGCUAAUGUGUUUUUAUUGCCAUAAGUGGGCCUAUUAUAUAUUCUUGGUAGAAGCAAGAGCAUCAAUAUAUGGUUGGGAUUCAACCGUACAGUGUAUAAGUCUUUCUGCAUAAAUGCCUAAUUCGAGCAAGGAUGUUUUUGCUUUGAUGGCUAUCUAAGAAUGAUCUCUUUAGUCUCUCGACCCAAGAGAGACUAAAUUCUGGUGUUCAAGAACAAUCCCAAAUCAACCGAUCAACACAAGUAGCAAAGAAGUAUCAGCGAUCUGUGUCAUUCUGAACAAUAUUGCCAAAUUUUACAUUUCCAUAUGCCUUCUGCCUUCAGUGUCAAGCAUUCAUAAUAGUUAAUGCUGUCAAUUAAUUGUAGAGUCAAGUUCAAAAGAUGGAGUGUACCAUGGUGAGCAACAUCUGUACAAGACGGAAGUCAUGUUUAGUUCACUUUAAUGGGGAAAAGGACAGGGAUUCUUCAAGAAUCUGCCUAUAAAAUGUGAUAUUUCAUAUGAUUGUCUUGGGUGAAGACGAUAUGGUAUCUUCCACUUUUAAAGCACAUAAGAACAGACAACUCAGUGAUACACAUCUCUAAAUGGGUGGGACUACAGAAAAAUAGCUCAGCCAGGGCAUUCUCUUUGGAAGUAAGUCCUAUUAUAUUCAAUUAAAUUUAUCCCCUGACAAGUGCACACAUCUUAAUUAGCUUCCCAAAUUCUUAUAAAGACAUCACACCUCUUGAUCAGUACAGCUAGUUUUGGAAACCGGCUGCCUUCUUGUCAAAGGCAUACUUCGGUUUAAAAUUGGGCAGGUUCUGUUUGGACAUAGCUACCAUUACCCCAAGGACUUCUUUAUAAUUAUUUAAAAAUGACAUGGGAAGCUGAGGGAGAAGGGAGGAGGGGAGUCCCGAUGACAUGGCAGAAAGCAACUUCUUUUGUUGGUCUUGACAAAUGUGCAUGUCUUGUGAUUGGUCACAGCACAGUAGCAUCCGCUGUGUGUUUAGAGAAGCUCCUUCAUUACAGAAACUUUGUAAUAGGAGCACCGAGGACCUGUUUCGUUUUUCAAAAUCCAGAUGUGUUCCAUCCCAGUCUUGCACUCUAGAACAACAUAUAAUCUUUGGGACUAAAUGACUUGAUGAAGUGUGUUAACUUUAUUUGUAUACACAGAGUUUCCCACCUGUUAGAAUUACGUCUUAUCUUUCAUCAAGAUGCCCUCUUUAUGAGCCUCUUGAUUAGGGCAAUAAAUUCAGGGAUUCUGUUUAAGUAGAUCGGGGGUGAAAAAGUCUGGAUGACCAAUAGAUCAGGCGGGGUUCCCAACCAGUACCGAUCCAUGGCUUGUUAGGAACCGGGCCGCACAGCGGGCAAGUGAG